AUGGAAUCUGGAGAUUCAUUUUUAUCAUGUGCGGUAACUGUAGAAUGGAUGACUCCACAAGGAUCUAUUGUAAGAAAAGUGAACUAUAAGACCGCUUCUAUGCGUUUAAUUCGAAAUGAGUUUCGUGAAAUGUUUAUGGAAAUAACAAGUGAUAAACAUGCUCCAAUUCGAUUAGCUAUAAAAGGUAUAAAUGUUUUUAAAAAGUUUAUGGUUGAGGGUAAAGCAAGCAUUAAAUUUCAAGAAGCGAAUUGUACACUUUUUAUAUCUAAUGCACCACCUACAAAUCUAGUAUCAUUUUUAAGAACUAUAUUUGUUAAAAUGACUGGGGACAAAGAAAAAGCUUCUGAUAAAACUCCUUCUAAGCAAACUAUGCGAGCUAAAUUGUUAAGUGGUAAAGCCCAGGCUUUUGAAGAUAUAAGUCCUAUAACUGUUGCUGAUAUAAGUUCUGCUAAAAGUAAGAUUAGUAAAGCAACUGCAACAACUCCAUCUCCGCCAUCUAAAAAACGAAAAUUGGAUGAUAUUAACAAAGGCCCUGCACCAAAGAAGCUGUAUUCUCCAUCACCGUUAACAAAAAAUAGCUCUUUAAAUACUGAGCAACAAAGAGUAUUAGAAGCUUGUCUGGGUGGGAAGAAUAUAUUUUUUACUGGAUCUGCAGGAACCGGAAAAAGUUUCCUGUUAAAAAGAAUUGUUGCUGCUUUACCACCAGAUGUCACCAUGCCCACAGCAUCAACAGGUGUUGCUGCAUGCCAUAUAGGUGGAACAACAUUGCAUGCAUUUGCUGGUAUUGGAGAUGGUAGUGGAACUAUAGAACACCUGUGUGAAAGAGCUGCUAAAUUACCCUUGGUAGCUCAAAAAUGGAGGAAGUGCAAACAUCUUAUAAUUGAUGAAAUAUCUAUGGUAGAUGGUACAUUCUUUGAGAAAGUAGAAGCUGUUGCCAGACAUGUUCGUAAAAAUGAAAAACCCUUUGGGGGUAUACAGCUCAUUCUUUGUGGUGAUUUUCUACAACUCCCCCCAGUUGUUGACAAGGGAAAAUCCAGCAAAAGAUUCUGUUUCCAAACUUCUUGUUGGGAAAAAUGUAUUGAACUUUGCUUUGAACUAAAGGAGGUUCACAGGCAAACAGAUCAGGAGUUUAUCUCAAUUCUUAAUAAUAUAAGGAUAGGUCGGGUAACCAAAGAAAUAAGUGAACGUCUGCUACAAACAGCAGCACAAAAAAUUGAAAGUGAUGGAAUUCUAGCUACUCGUCUUUGUUCUCACACUAAUGAUUCAAAAAUGAUAAACAUUUCAAAAUUACGAGAUUUAAAUGGUGAGGAGAAGUUGUAUUCAGCUCAAGAUAGUGACAAUGCAAGUACAGUCCUUGAUAUACAAACUGUAGCACCAUCAAAAUUACUUUUAAAAGUAGGAGCACAGGUGAUGUUACUUAAAAAUAUUAAUGUUAACGCAGGUUUAGUUAAUGGGGCUAGAGGAGUUGUUGUAAGAUUUGAAGAAGGAUUUCCAGUGGUUAGAUUUAAAAAUAAAAAAGAAUAUACUGCAAGGAGUGAGCGUUGGUAUGUGAAAAAUGCCAAUGGAACAUUGCUUUGCCGACGACAAGUUCCAUUAAAUUUGGCUUGGGCAUUUUCUAUACACAAAUCACAGGGUUUAACAUUAGAUUGUGUAGAGAUGUCUCUUUCAAAAAUAUUUGAAGCAGGACAAGCUUAUGUAGCACUAAGUAGAGCCCAAAGUUUAGAUACUUUGAGAGUUUUAGAUUUUGAUUCACGACAUGUAUGGGCAAACCCAGAUGUCUUAGAAUUUUACCAACGGUUUAGACGACGUUUACAACAAAUGGAAAUCAUUCCUCUUGGAAGGCCGUUAUCUGAUAAAACUAAUAAAAAAGUCAGACUUCGUGAAAUUUUAGAUAGAGAAAUAAGAAGAAAA